CCCCGGAUAACGUCCGAUGUACUCGUGAUUCAUUGCUCUAUCGAUUUGGAGGAGAGAACAGUUCAAUUUAGUUCCAGACAUUAGACAGGAUGGCAGACCAGGCGGAUGCCGAGGGUCAGCCGGCUCAACCUGUCCAGUCUGUGGCAGAUCCGGACAAGUUUAUCGCUUAUUUGUGUCGAUGUGUGCCCGUUUUAUUGGAAGAUCGAGAUGAUGCAUCAGCAACUUUCAAGGCCGCUCUGUCUGACCGCGCUCACGGCGAACAGAUCAAGAAAUUCCUGGGUGAUCCUCAGACGCCAACACUUCUUGUACAACGGUCGUCAACAAAAGAUGAAUCUGAGGAGGUUGCUGACAGUGGGGAGGGCGACACAGAGGGUGGAGUAUCUUAUAUCAUCUCUUCAGAUGUCCAUUUUACAAGUUCCAAAAUAUUCAGUUUGGUAUUUAUCAAGAGAGGAACUGUUGUUGAGGCUGAUAAAUCGUUUCCCUCCCAGCUGCAGAUCAUGAAUCUGAGUGAUGGUUCACCAUAUGAAGCUCUGCACUCCUACAUUAGUAACGCUGUAUCCCCUUACUUCAAGUCCUACAUCAGAGAAACAGGCAAAGCUGAAAGGGAUGGGGACAAAAUGGCACCAGCAGUUGAGAAGAAGAUUGUAGACCUUGAAAUGGGUCUUCUCCAUCUACAACAGAAUAUAGACAUUCCUGAGAUCAGUUUACCUAUACAUGCUGUAGUAUCCUCAGUGAUCAAGAAGUGUGCGGAGGAAGGACGUAAACCAAAGGUGGAAGAUUUUGGUGACAAGGUUGAGGAUGCUCAGUUCCUGAAUGCUCUCCAGAGUGGCGUAAACAGGUGGAUCCGAGAAAUACAGAAGGUAACUAAGUUAGACAGAGAUCCUUCUUCUGGUACAGCAUUGCAAGAGAUCAGUUUCUGGUUGAACCUGGAGAGAGCACUGUUGAGAAUUCAAGAGAAACGAGAGAGUCCUGAUAUUGUCCUCACACUGGAGAUAUUAAAGCAUGGCAAGAGAUUCCAUGCUACCGUCAGCUUUGAUACUGAUACAGGACUGAAAGCUGCUAUGACCACAGUUAAUGACUACAAUCAGUUGAUGAAGGACUUUCCUUUAAAUGACCUGUUGUCUGCAACAGAACUUGAUCGUAUCCGUGUGGCCCUUCAGGCCAUUUUCCUACAUCUGAGAAAAAUUCGACCCACAAAGUACCCGAUACAAAGAGCACUUAGACUUGUAGAAGCCAUCUCUAGGGAUCUGAGCACACAGUUACUGAAGGUACUGGGCACAAGACGUUUGAUGCACAUACCAUAUGAUGAGUUUGAGAAGGUGAUGUCUGCAUGCUUUGACGUGUUCAGUACUUGGGAUGAUGAGUAUGACAAGCUGCAAGGAUUGUUGAGAGAUCUUGUCAAGAAAAAGAGAGAGGAACACUUACGUAUGGUUUGGCGUGUAAACCCUGCCCAUAAACGCCUACAGGGACGUCUUGAUCACAUGAGGAAAUUCCGACGCCAGCAUGAACAGUUGCGACAGGUGAUAGUUCGAGUGUUGAGACCUGUGACAAGCAAACAGAAAGCAGGUACUCCACUGGAGGAGGUAGCACCAAAGCUUGAACCUGUGGUAGAUGAGGCGGCAGAUGCUAAUGCUAUUGAGGAGGUGAACCUAGCGUAUGAGAAUGUGAAAGUUGUGGAUGGUCUGGAUGUUUCAAAGGAAGGAUCAGAUGCUUGGGAGGCUGCUAUCAAAAGGUAUGAUGAGAGGAUAGACAGAGUUGAAACAAGAAUAACAGCAAGAUUGCGAGACCAGCUUGGUACAGCCAAAAAUGCUAAUGAAAUGUUCAGGAUCUUCUCACGUUUCAAUGCUCUGUUUGUGCGACCACACAUUCGUGGAGCUAUCAGGGAAUAUCAGACACAGCUGAUGCAGAGAGUUAAAGAUGACAUAGAAUCACUUCAUGAAAAGUUCAAGGUCCAGUAUCCCCAGAGUAAAACAUGUAGAAUGAGCAAAGCCAGAGAUUUCCCAUCAGUGUCUGGCAGUAUCAUCUUUGCUAGACAGAUUGAGCGUCAGUUGACUGCAUAUCUACGACGUGUUGAGGAUGUUCUAGGAAAAGGUUGGGAGAGCCAUGUUGAAGGACAGAAACUAAAAGCUGAUGGUGACAGCUUCAGGAAUAAACUCAACACACAAGAACUGUUUGAAGACUGGUCAAGAAAAGUUACACAGAGACAGUUGCAGGUGUCUGGUAGAAUAUUCACAAUCACCAGUAUCAAGGCAAGGAUUCCUGGUAAAGGCAACAUACUCAAACUGGGAGUUAACUUCCAGAAAGACAUCAUUACACUCUCUAAAGAGGUACGUAACAUGAAAUGGUUGGGUUUUCGUGUUCCACUAUCUAUAGUGAACAAGGCUCAUCAAGCGAACCAACUGUACCCAUUUGCCAUGUCCCUAUUUGAGAGUGUACGUACUUAUCAACAAACACUGGAAAAGGUUGAUGAACGACCUUCGAUACAUCUUCUGGUGGCGGGGCUACACAAGGAAGUCCAGAAACUUAUUGAGGAGGGAGUACAACUUGUUUGGGAAUCAUACAAACUGGAUCCAUAUGUACAAAGACUUGCUGAUACACUCGUCAACUUCCAGGAAAAGGUAGAUGACUUGUUGGCAAUGGAGCAGGAGAUAGAUCUAGAGGUGAAGUCUCUCGAGACUUGUGCUUACAGCAGUACAACAUUCAGUGAGAUCCUCGGCAAGAUACAGAAAGCUGUAGAUAACCUAAGUCUGCAUUCCUACUCCAACCUACCACAGUGGGUUGCUAGGCUCGAUGAAGAGGUUGAAAAGAGACUUGCAGCGAGACUGGAGCUAGCACUGGAUGCCUGGAACAAAUGUCUGCUUGGUAAGAAAGAAGACAAUGUUGACUACAGUAUGGACACUGACGCUCCACAGCAGCCCAGUCAGAAACUUGGUGGGGAACCAAACAUCAAGCCUAUGAUUCAUGAGUUACGUAUAACAAAUCAGUUGAUCUAUGUGAACCCACCAGUAGAAGAGGCUCGGGUAAACAUCAUGCAGGAACUGUUUGGUUGGGAGGCCAUUGUUACAAGUCUUUCCAGGAUUAAGCACUCAAGAUAUCAGGUUGGUUUGGACGUGGAGUCUGAAGCUGCAACAACCUACAAGAAUGUACUGACAAAGCUACCUGGUGGUAUGAAAGUCAUUGAAGAAUCCUACUAUGCUAUACAGAAAACUGUCAAGGAAAUGGAAGACUAUAUUAUGGUAUGGUUGAGAUACCAGGCAUUGUGGGAUCUGACACCAGAUGGCCUCUACCAGAGGAUGGGAGAUCUGCCUACAUGGAUGACAACACUUGAACAGAUUAAGUCUGCUAGAAAGACUUUCGACACAUCAGAGACCCAGAAAGAGAUAGGUCCAAUCAUUGUACAGUUUGGUAAAGUUCAGUCCAAGGUAACAUUGAAAUAUGACUCCUGGCACAAGGACGUUCUCAGUCGAUUUGGCAGUAUGUUGAGUAACGAGAUGACAGAGUUCCAUUCCCAUAUACAGAAAUCACGAUCAGAACUGGAACAACAGUCUAUAGACACAGCAAACACAUCGGAAGCUGUGGGACUGAUCACACAAGUACAAGCAUUGAAACGCAAGAUGAAGAACUGGGAGAAACAAGUUGAUAUGUAUAAAGAAGGCCAACGUAUCCUUGAACGACAAAGAUUCCAGUUCCCAGCUAACUGGCUGUAUAGUGACAACAUUGAGGGUGAGUGGGGUGCCUUCACAGAUAUCAUGAAGCGCAAGGAUGGUUCAAUACAGACCCAGGUAGCCAGUCUGCAGAUGAAGAUUGUCUCCGAGGACAAGAUUGUAGAGGGCAAGACAUCUGAUCUUCUGGUGGACUGGGAGAAAGAUAAACCUGUUGCUGGGGAGCUACCUCCUGAUGAAGCGCUGAAGGCUAUAACCAUAUUUGAGGGCAAGUUCUCUAGACUGAAGGAGGAGAGAGAUAAUGUUGCCAAGGCAAAGGAGGCUCUGGAAUUGGCAGAACCUGGUCAGCUGAGUCCGAGUGAGGAGAGAGUACAAGUAUCACUUGAAGAGUUACAGGACCUCAAGGGAGUCUGGACAGAACUUAACAAGAUUUGGGACCAAAUAUAUGAACUUAAAGAGAAACCUUGGCUCUCUGUGCAACCCAGAAAGAUCCGACAGAGCAUUGACGGUCUGUUGAACCAAAUGAAGGAGUUACCUGCCAGACUGAGGGCCUAUGCCUCCUAUGAACAUGUGAAGAGAUUGCUGCAAGGGUUUGCAAAGGUGAAUGUAUUGGUGGUUGAACUGAAGUCAGAGGCUUUGAAGGAACGUCACUGGAAACAGUUGACCCGUCGUCUUGGAGUGAAGUGGGUGUUGUCAGACCUGACCUUAGGUCAUGUAUGGGAUAUAGACUUACUAAAGAAUGAACAUAUUGUCAAGGAUGUAAUCCUUGUUGCACAGGGAGAAAUGGCAUUGGAAGAAUUCUUGAAACAAGUGAGUGAGACAUGGAGAGCAUAUGAGCUGGAUAUGGUGAGCUACCAGGGUCGCUGUAGACUGAUCCGAGGCUGGGAUGACCUCUUCAACAAGGUCAAAGAACACAUCAACAGUGUUAUGGCAAUGAAACUCUCCCCUUAUUACAAGCAAUUUGAGGAGGAUGCGUUGGCAUGGGAAGACAAGUUGAACAGGAUCAAUGCAUUGUUUGAUGUUUGGAUAGAUGUACAGAGACGAUGGGUUUAUCUCGAGGGCAUCUUCACUGGAAGUGCCGAUAUACAACAUUUACUGCCUGUAGAAACACAGAGGUUCCAGGGUGUGAGUACUGAGUUCCUGGCAUUGAUGAAGAAGGUUGCCAAGUCUCCCCUGGUUAUGGAUGUACUAAACAUUCCCAACUCUCAGAGACAGCUGGAGAGGCUGGCAGACCUGCUUGGCAAGAUACAGAAAGCUCUCGGAGAAUAUCUUGAGAGGGAGAGAGCUUCCUUUCCAAGAUUCUACUUUGUUGGAGAUGAAGAUUUGCUUGAGAUCAUUGGUAACAGUAAGAAUGUAGCUAGGCUGCAGAAACAUUUCAAGAAGAUGUUUGCUGGGGUAGCUUCUAUCAACCUGAAUGAUGAUAAUUCCCAGGUGCUCGGACUACUCUCCAAGGAAGGAGAAGAUGUUGUGUUUGCUACACCAGUAUCUAUUGCCCAGCAUCCAAAGAUUAAUGAAUGGCUGACGUGCGUAGAGAAGGAGAUGAGGGUCACGCUUGCCAAAUUGCUGGCUCAAGGUGUCAAAGAUAUUGCUGAUUUUAAAACUGGAACCAUUGAUCCAGCCCAAUAUCUUCUCUGGGUGGAUAAGUAUCAGGCCCAGUUAGUUGUGCUGGCCUCGCAGAUCUCUUGGUCAGAGAGUGUGGAUGGUGCUCUUUCUGCUAUAGCCAACAAGGGAGGCAAUGAUCUAGGACCACUCAGUGAUGUACUAGGGUCUGUUGAGUCCACACUGAACAUCCUGGCAGACUCUGUACUCCAUGAACAACCACCUGUACGCAGGAAGAAACUCGAACAUCUGAUCACAGAACUGGUGCAUCAGAGAGAUGUGACUAGGACGUUGAUCAAGGACAAAGUAAACGGCCCCAAAUCAUUUGAUUGGCUGUGCCAGAUGAGGUUCUACUUUGACCCAAAGAACCCUGAUGUUCUACAACAGUUGUCUAUACAGAUGGCUAAUGCCAAGUUUAACUAUGGUUUUGAGUAUCUUGGAGUUCAGGAGAAACUUGUACAAACUCCACUGACUGACAGAUGCUACCUGACUAUGACACAAGCCCUCGAGGCCAGGCUGGGAGGAUCUCCUUUCGGUCCUGCUGGCACAGGCAAAACAGAGUCUGUAAAAGCUCUUGGUAAUCAGCUUGGUAGAUUUGUGCUUGUCUUCAAUUGUGACGAGACAUUUGACUUCCAGGCAAUGGGUCGUAUUUUUGUUGGUCUGUGUCAAGUAGGAGCUUGGGGAUGUUUUGAUGAAUUCAAUCGUUUAGAGGAACGUAUGUUGUCUGCAGUCUCCCAGCAGAUCCAGACUAUACAGGAGGCUCUCAAAGACAUGAUGGGCAGAAAAGACAAAGAUGGCAAAAGACAGAAGGGCCAGCCCAUGGUGGUAGAAUUGAUUGGGAAGUCAGUCAAAGUCAACCCAGAUAUGGCUAUAUUUAUCACAAUGAACCCUGGCUAUGCUGGAAGAUCCAACCUGCCAGACAACUUGAAGAAACUGUUCCGCAGUCUUGCAAUGACCCAGCCUGACAGACAACUCAUUGCAGAGGUCAUGUUGUACUCCCAGGGUUUCAGGACUGCAGAGCGACUGUCCUCCAAGAUAGUGCCAUUCUUCAAAUUGUGUGAUGAGCAGUUAUCGCCCCAGUCUCACUAUGACUUUGGUCUACGAGCCCUGAAGUCUGUCCUGAUAUCUGCGGGUAAUGUGAAGAGAGACAGGAUACAGAAAGUCAAGGAGGAUCUCAGAGAAAAAGGACAGACAGUAGAAGAGGCUUCUAUAGCUGAAAAUCUUCCUGAACAAGAGAUUCUUAUCCAAAGUGUUAUGGAGACCAUGGUUCCUAAGUUGGUUGCUGAGGACAUUCCUCUGUUACACAGCCUGUUGUCAGAUGUAUUCCCAGGAGUUAAAUAUAACCCAGCACAGAUGGAAGCUCUCCGCAUGGAGGUGAAGAAAGUCUGUGAGGAAAUGUUUCUUGUUUAUGGAGAGGGUGAUGAACUUGGUGCCAUGUGGAUUGAAAAGGUAUUACAGCUGUAUCAGAUCACAGUAUUACAUCAUGGUUUGAUGAUGGUAGGACCAAGUGGCAGUGGCAAGUCUACUGCAUGGAGAGUUCUUCUCAAAGCUUUGGAGAGAUUGGAAGGUGUCGAGGGAGUCUCCCAUGUUAUUGACCCAAAAUCUAUUUCCAAAGAUGCUUUGUAUGGUAAUCUAGAUCCAAACACAAGAGAAUGGACUGAUGGUCUCUUUACACAUACCCUUAGAAAGAUUAUAGACAAUGUUAGAGGAGAGUUACAGAAACGUCAGUGGAUUAUCUUUGAUGGAGAUGUGGAUCCAGAAUGGGUAGAGAAUCUCAACUCUGUACUUGAUGAUAACAGACUUCUUACAUUGCCCAAUGGUGAACGUCUUGGUAUACCACCAAAUGUGCGUAUCAUGUUUGAGGUACAGGACCUGAGGUAUGCAACAUUAGCCACUGUAAGUAGGUGUGGUAUGGUGUGGUUCAGUGAAGAUGUUCUGUCUGUAGAGAUGGUGUUUGAGAACUACAUGCUCAGGUUGAAGAGUAUUCCCCUGGAUGAUACAGAGGAAGCCGAGACUUACAAGAUUGGUAAACAAGAACAGGAAGAGGUUGUCUCCCCUGUCUUACAGGUACAGAGAGACUGUGCAGUGGUAUUGAGUGGUCACCUGACCUCAGAUGGUCUAGUUAACAGAUGUUUGGAAUUCGCAAUGGAUCUUGAACACAUCAUGGACUUUACUCGCCUACGGGCCAUGAACUCUCUGUUCUCCAUGUUAAACCAAGCUGUGAGGAACAUCCUUAACUACAAUGCCAAUCAUCCCGAUUUCCCUAUGGCUCAAAACCAACUGGAGUCAUACAUGAGCAAGUAUUUGAUUCACAGUCUGCUGUGGUCCCUGUCGGGAGAUGGUAGACUGAAAGUAAGAGAAGACAUGGGACAGUUUAUACGUGGUAUCACAACUAUACCCCUCCCACCUGCUACAGGCUUGAGAAUUAUUGACUAUGAGGUAUCAAUCACAGGGGAAUGGACACCAUGGCAGUCACGGGUUCCAGUCGUGGAAAUUGAGACCCACAAGGUGGCGUCCCCUGAUGUUGUAAUACCAACAAUAGACACUGUACGCCACGAGAACCUGCUGUUUACAUGGCUGGCUGAGCACAAACCGCUUGUGUUGUGUGGACCUCCUGGAUCAGGAAAAACAAUGACCUUGUUCAGUGCCCUAAGAUCACUCCCUGACAUGGAGGUUGUUGGUCUGAACUUUUCUAGUGCAACUACUCCCGAACUGUUAUUGAAGACAUUUGACCACUACUGCGAGUACAGGCGUACUCCAAAUGGUGUUGUACUUUCUCCAAUACAAAUUAACAAGUGGCUCAUCCUUUUCUGUGAUGAAAUCAACUUACCAAAUAUGGAUAAAUAUGGAACGCAGAGAGUUAUUUCAUUCCUGCGUCAGAUGUUGGAGUAUGGAGGCUUUUUCAGGACAUCAGACCAGACUUGGGUGAAAUUUGAGAGAAUACAGUUUGUAGGAGCCUGUAAUCCUCCCACUGACCCAGGCAGGAAACCUCUUUCUCACAGGUUCUUGCGUCAUGUACCAGUAGUAUAUGUUGACUACCCAGGCAAGAUCUCCCUCACUCAGAUCUAUGGCACCUUUAACAGAGCCAUGUUAAGACUUGUACCCAGUCUGAAACCAUAUGCUGAACCUCUUACCAAUGCUAUGGUUGAAUUCUACCUCAUGUCACAGGAGAGAUUUACCCAGGACAUGCAGCCCCACUAUGUGUACAGUCCUCGUGAAAUGACCCGCUGGGUGAGAGGUAUUUGUGAAGCCCUGAGACCACUGGAGAGCCUCUCUGUAGAAGGACUUGUGAGAAUCUGGGCACAUGAGGCACUUAGACUUUUCCAAGACAGAUUGAUAGAAGAUGAGGAGCGUCAAUGGACUGAUGAGAACGUUGACAUGGUAGCCAUGAAACAUUUCCCAGGAAUUAACAGAGAUGAGGCAAUUUCUCGUCCUAUACUGUUCUCUAACUGGCUGUCCAAGGAUUAUACUCCAGUAGACAGAGAAGAGCUGAGAGAAUAUACCAAGGCUAGACUCAAGGUGUUCUAUGAAGAAGAGUUGGAUGUACCGCUGGUACUAUUUGAUGAGGUGUUGGAUCAUGUGCUACGUAUUGAUCGUAUAUUCCGUCAGCCCCAGGGUCACGUCCUGCUGAUUGGUGUCAGUGGCGCAGGAAAGACAACUCUGUCAAGAUUUGUGGCCUGGAUGAAUGGACUGACUGUGUACCAGAUCAAGGUGCACAAUAAAUAUACAGCUGCAGACUUUGAUGAGGAUCUCAGGGUUGUACUGAGAAGAUCUGGUUGUAAGAAUGAGAAAAUAGCUUUUAUAAUGGAUGAAUCUAAUGUGUUGGACUCAAGCUUCUUGGAGAGAAUGAACACAUUGUUGGCUAACGGUGAGGUACCAGGCUUGUUUGAGGGAGAUGAAUACACUACCCUGAUGACACAGUGCAAGGAGGGAGCUACCAGGGAAGGGUCCAUGCUGGACUCGUCUGAGGAACUUUACAAAUGGUUCACACAACAGGUCAUGAAAAACCUUCAUGUUGUAUUUACCAUGAACCCAUCAGCUGAGGGACUUAAGGACAGAGCUUCUACAUCACCUGCUCUCUUCAACAGAUGUGUAUUGAACUGGCUGGGUGACUGGUCUACUGGAGCCUUAUACCAGGUUGGCAAGGAAUUCACCAACAAGAUUGACCUUGAAAAGGGACAGUACAUUGCUCCAGAGAAUUUCCCAAUUGCGUACCCAUCACUUCCCCUGCCACCAGGUCAUCGUGAUGCAGUGAUCAAUGCUUUCGUGUUUGUUCAUCUGUCCUUACACCAGGCUAAUACACGAGUGCAGAAACGUGGUGGAAGAACCAUGGCUAUCACUCCUCGACACUAUCUCGACUUUAUUAACCACUUUGCGAAGUUGUACCAGGAGAAGAGAUCUGACCUUGAGGAACAGCAGCUCCAUCUGAACAUUGGUCUACAGAAGAUCCAUGAUACUGUCAAACAAGUCGGAGAACUACAGAAAUCUCUCUCAGUCAAACGUAUUGAACUGGAGGACAAAAACAAUGCUGCAAACUCCAAACUGAAACAAAUGGUGAAAGAUCAGCAAGAAGCAGAACGUAAGAAAGUGACGUCCCAGGAGAUCCAGCAGGCUCUGAGAGAACAGACAAAAGUAAUCCAAGAGAAACAAGUGGAUGUGAAAGAGGACUUGGACAAGGUGGAACCAGCUGUCAUAGAGGCUCAGCAAGCUGUGAAAUCCAUCAAGAAGCAGCAUCUAGCGGAGAUCCGAGCACUGCCCAACCCUCCCCCGCUUGUCAAGCUGUCCCUUGAGGCCAUCUGUAUGCUCCUUGGUGAGCCUGAUGUCGACUGGAAGGCAAUGAGGUCCAUUAUAAUGAGAGACAACUUCAUCUCAAGCAUUGUCAAUUUUAGAACUGAUGAUUUGUCUGAUGAAAUAAGGUCCAAGAUGAAGAACAAGUAUCUGAGUAAUACAGAUUUCAACUAUGAGAAAGUGAACAGAGCUAGUUUGGCUUGUGGACCUAUGGUGAAAUGGGCAAUUGCUCAGAUUAACUAUGCUGACAUGUUGAAGCGUGUAGAGCCACUACGUAAUGAGUUACUAGCUUUAGAAUCACAGGCUAACGAGAACAAGAUGAAGGGUGAUGAUGUGAUGAGGUUGAUUGCCGACCUGGAGAGGAGUAUUUCUAAGUACAAGGAGGAGUAUGCCCUGCUGAUCAGCCAGGCCCAGGCCAUCAAGGCUGAUCUUAGUGCUGUAGAACUAAAGGUUGAGCGCAGUGUAGCCCUGCUUGACUCUCUGGCCAGUGAGAAGGUGAGAUGGGAGGCUGGCAGUGAAACAUUCAAGAACCAGAUGGCUACAAUCAUAGGAGAUGUUCUUAUUUCAUCUGCCUUCAUGGCAUAUGCUGGUUACUUCGACCAGAAGAUGAGAAGGAACUUAUUCUCUGUAUGGUCCCAUCAUUUACAGAAAGCUUCCAUACAGUUCAGAAGUGACCUGGCUAGGACUGAGUAUCUAUCAAAUGCUGAUGAACGUUUGAGAUGGCAAGCGAAUGCCCUACCAGCUGAUGAUCUGUGCACAGAAAAUGCCAUCAUGUUGAAGAGGUUCAACAGGUACCCACUGAUCAUUGACCCCUCGGGCCAGGCCACAACAUUUAUCUGUAAUGAGUACAGAGACAAGAAAAUCACCAGAACAAGUUUCCUUGAUGAUUCAUUCCGCAAGAAUCUUGAGAGUGCUCUGAGAUUUGGUAACCCACUGCUUGUACAAGACGUUGAAAGCUAUGAUCCAAUACUGAAUCCUGUGUUGAAUCGUGAGUUGAGACGUACUGGUGGUCGUGUGCUGAUCACCCUAGGGGACCAGGAUAUUGACUUGUCACCAUCUUUCACCAUCUUCCUGUCGACUAGGGAUCCUAAUGUGGAGUUCCCACCAGACCUUUGUUCCAGGGUGACAUUUGUUAAUUUCACAGUGACAAGAAGCAGUUUACAGGAUCAGUGUUUGAACCAGGUAUUGAAGUCAGAGAGACCAGAUGUUGAUGAGAAGAGAUCUGACCUGCUCAAGCUGCAGGGUGAGUUCCAGGUUAGACUGCGACAGCUGGAGAAGUCCUUGCUGCAGGCCCUGAAUGAUGUGAAAGGACGUAUCCUUGAUGAUGACAGUAUCAUAACUCACCUUGAGACAUUGAAGAAAGAGGCAGCAGAAGUUGCACGUAAGAUGGAAGAGACGGACGUUAUCAUGGCUGAGGUGGAGACAACAUCGCAGCAAUAUCUGCCACUUGCUAUGUCUUGUAGUAGUAUCUACUUCACUCUCGAGGCUUUGAAACAGGUUCAUUUCCUGUACCAGUACUCGCUGCAGUUUUUCCUCGAGAUUUUCCACUCUGUACUUGCCAGUCCUAAACUGAAUGGAGUGAAGGAAUAUGGUACCAGACUGUCCGUUAUAACAUCAGAACUCUUCCAGGAGACUUACAGUCGUGUAGGGCGUGGUAUGUUACAUGAGGACAGGAUUACAUUUGCCAUACAGCUGUGUAGGAUACAUCUGAAGGGCAUGCAGAGUGAGUCUACAUAUGAUGCAGAGUUCCACCAGUUCUUGAGGAGUCAGGAGGGACUGAUCACAGCAAAACCACCCCCUGCUAUACAGGGCAUGACACAACAACAGCUGGAGGCUCUGGUUAGACUCGGUCAGCUGAAGCAGUUCAAGAAGAUCAUAGAUGAGGUCAGAGGGAAUGUGGAGAUCCAGGCAUGGUUGGACAGUGAUUAUGCUGAGACAAAUAUUCCAGAGAUCUGGGAUUCGGACAAACAACUCAGUGAGAUUGGAAAGGCAGUGAAUGGAUUAUUGGUGGUGCAGGCAAUGAGACCAGACAGGCUAACAUCAAUGGCCAGAAUCUUUGUGGAGAAGGUCCUUGGUACGAGCUUUGCCCAUACUGCAGACAAGGAACUUGACCUGGCCGAGAUCGUUGAAUCUGAGCUGAAGGCCAGUACACCAGUGCUGAUGUGCUCAGUACCAGGAUAUGAUGCCAGCAGUAGAGUAGAUGAUCUAGCUGCUGAACUGGGGAAACAGAUUACUUCCAUUGCUAUUGGUUCUGCUGAAGGGUUUACACAGGCAGAUAAGGUGAUCAACUCCUCCAGUAAGUCUGGUCGCUGGGUGAUGUUGAAGAAUGUACACCUUGCUCCACAGUGGUUGGUGCAGCUGGAGAAGAAGUUGCACAACCUGACACCCCACCCCAGCUUUAGACUCUUCCUCACCAUGGAAAUCAACCCUAAGUUACCAACAAACCUGUUGCGUGCUGGUCGUGUGUUCACGUUCGAGCCUCCACCUGGUGUAUCAGCCAACCUGUUGAGGACAUUCAGUACCAUACCAGCUACAAGAAUGUGCAGAGAGCCAAAUGAGCGUGCAAGACUGUACUUCCUGUUGGCCUGGUUCCAUGCUAUUGUACAAGAAAGAAUGAGAUAUAUGCCACUCGGUUGGGCCAAGAAAUAUGAAUUUACAGAGUCAGACCUUAAGGUUGCCUGUGACAUGCUUGAUACCUGGAUUGAUUCUGUUGCCAUGGGUCGAACAAACCUGCCACCAGAGAAGGUUCCAUGGGAUGCAGUGAGGACUUUACUUGCACAGUGUAUCUAUGGUGGAAAGAUUGAUAACAACUUUGAUCAGCGAUUACUGACAAGCUUUGUGCAUAAGCUGUUCACACCAAAGAGUUUUGAGGGAGAUUUCAAAUUGGUUGGCAACAUGGAUGGACCUGGCAAAAAGAUUGUCAUGCCUGACAGCAUAAGACGAGAGGAGUUUGUGAAGUUCUCUGAGAAUCUGGACAGUGACCGACAGACACCAGCCUGGCUUGGUCUACCAAAUAAUGCCGAGAAAGUGCUUCUGACAAACCUUGGAUCAGAUAUGUGUGCUAAACUCAUGAAGGUUGAGUUACUGGAAGAUGAUGUGGAUGUAGAUGCGGUGGAGAUAGAGGAUGAUACAGAGAAACCAAUGGUUGAUGGACGUCCUGCUUGGAUGAGGACUCUACAUACAUCUGUGAAAACAUGGCUUGAUCUUGUACCUAAGGGUUAUGACGAUGUUGCUGUUGGAUCCAUGAAACGUACCAUGGAGAACAUUAAGGAUCCAUUGUUCCGCUUCUUUGAGCGUGAGGUGAAUGCAGGAGGUAAACUACUGGCUGAUGUGAGACGUGACCUCCAGGAUGUCCUGCAGGUGUGUGUUGGCUCCAAGAAACCUACCAACCAUCACAGGACAAUGAUGGCUGACCUUGCUAAAGGUAUGAUCCCACAGACAUGGAGGAGGUACACAAUACCUGCUGCUAUCACAGUGAUCCAAUGGAUCACUGACUUCAGUCAGAGGAUCAAACAGUUACAGAAUGUUGUACAAGUCACACAACAGGGUGGAGCAAAAGAACUGAAGAAUCUACAAGUAUGGCUUGGUGGGUUAUUUAUCUCGGAGGCUUACAUCACAGCUACCAGACAAUAUGUAGCUCAGGCCAACAGUUGGUCACUGGAAGAGCUUUACUUAGAUGUGAAGGUGACAGAUGGUAAAUCGGGAGCUCUAGAUGCUUGCAGUUUCAGUGUGACAGGUCUACGAUUACAGGGAGCUGUAUGCAAGAACAACAAGCUACAACUCUCAUCUACCAUCUCAACAGAUCUGCCGCUUACUCUUCUCAGAUGGAUCAGAUUGGAAGGGAAGAAACCCGAGAAUAAAGUUACUCUGCCUGUCUACUUGAAUUCUACACGAGCUCAGCUGUUGUUCACAUUAGAUUUUGACACAGAGGGACAGGGCUCGGGCAAGGAUCAUAGUUUCUAUGAGCGCGGUGUGGCACUGGUCUCCUCUGAUCUAGGAUAGACUUGUCACUGGCAGUGAUCUGGCAAAAUAAAAACUUCUUUCAAGGUGUUAAAAAGACUUCUAAUAUGGUGUUGUGGUGUUACAUUCUUUAUUAUACUUCAGUGUUUUGUUUUAUAUAUUGGGACUUUUUGCUGACUUAAGCUGUUUAAUUACUUUCUGAAAAUUGAUAGGAUUUCAUGUAUUGAUAAGACACUACUUGCAGUAAAUUUUUGCAAAUGCAGUAUGACCAUGAUUGAAUUUCAAGUAAGGAAAAGGGGAAAAUGUUAUCUAUGUUUUUAUAAUCUAUAUAGUAUUGAGUAUAAUAUACUCUGCUUAUUGUAAUAGCUGUAUACAUAAAAAAAUUGGGGAGCAUACACAUUUUUGUUAUCAGAACAUUUCAAGUAUUCUUAUGUGAAUUGAAAGAAUAAACGCAAAAUGGUUUAACUAAUACAUUAUGAGCUGUGUAUUUAAUUCCUUUACCUGUAUGAAAAAUUGUUACAUAAUCUUUAGAAUGAAUAUUGCUUCUACUUUGGAAGAAUAAACACAAAAUGCUUCAACUAGAUAUAUCUUUUAUUCCACCAUAAGAUGAGAAGCAUACAAUUCACAUCAUAAUAAAGAAAUUAUAUGAACAUAUGAUACAUUAUGAGCUGUGUAUCUGUAUGGAAAAUUGUUACAACCUGUUUAAUCUGUAGAAUAAAUAUUGCUUCUGCUUUAA